AUGAUUAAAAAACCAUAAUUGUUAAAUCUAGCUUUGAAGCCAAUCACUAAUGAAGUGGAGGAAGUUUCAUCUAAGUCUGAAAAGUAAUUGAAUGAAAAUCAAUUUGAUAUCUCUUAAAGUAAUACUGUAAAUUAAUAAAGAAUUAUUGUAUGCAUUAGAAAAACCAACUAUUAAUACAAAAAAUGCAAAUAGUUGUAGAAAUAGCACUGGAAGAUUAUCAGCUUUUGAUUUUUUGAAUUCAAGUACAUCAAAAGCCAAUGAAAAGAAAACAUUUUCAAUUACAUUGAAUUAUUUUAGAAAUGAAAAAAAUAAUGUUGUAAUAGCAAGAAAUUCUACUAAUCUUUAUGGUUUCUCAAAGGUAUCAUCGAAAGUGAGAUGA